UACCCCUCGACUUUUCCCUCCAAAUUGAUUUUCGCUCUCCAAUUUCAAACCGCUUCUCAGUCCCUCGAUUUUUCCCUCUCCAAUUUCAAUUGCCGCCUCACACCCCCUCGAUUAUUCCCUCUCUUUCUUCGUCCCGACGCUAUCGCUACCCACCAAAGCCGUCACCGUCGCUGCAUUCCGCUGAAGCGGCUGCCGCCAUCGCCAUCGCAUCGUUUCUGGAGGUCUCAGACUCUCUGCAACAUCUGCUCUCACCGUUAUAAAGCAUCGUAAUCUUGUGGUGGUGUUAAAGAAUGGCUCACUUUUGUUGCAUUAUUUAGAAUUGUUUUCAGGUUCUCGGAGUUGAGUGGAACGUGAGUCAGCUGGAAAUUCAGAAAGCUUUCCACAAAUGGGGAACAUUAAAAUUCCUACUGCUAAAACAAGAACCAGGAAGCGAGUCUCUGAUCCCGAUCUCACGAGCUCCGAUCAAAGGAAGCGGACCGGCAAUGAUAUUGACCUCGAUCUCGACCUUUCCGACGAUCUCAAAGGGAUAGUGUCGGCACUGAAUCAGAUAAGAGAGAAAGCUCAGAAGGACGACCAGAAAAAGAAUGAAGAGACUAUCUCAAGUGUAUCCUCUGAGAUCAGAACAAUGAUUGAGGAGGUGAAAUCUAAAUUUGAGAAGGACAGGCAAAGUUUUGCAAAAGCACUAUCGAAAAGCUCAAAAGAGUGCGAAAACUGUUUAAAGGACGAAACUGCUAAAUUCCAAGCACUUCACGAGAAAUUCACAAAAGAGAGAGCCACACACCUCCAGGCCAUAAAAGAUACCAUUUCCAAAUUUGAAGAGGAGAAAGAAAGGCUAUUCGCAAAAUAUGAACAACUGAGAAAGAGAGAAAGGAACCUGAUAUCUGAACAAGAGAAAGCUUGUGCUGACAAAAUUGCUCAACUGGAGGAGUCGUUGAAAAGGAAAAAGCAGGAUGAUAAGACUUUCAGCCUUUUGCGGAAAACUCUUGGUUCAUUUCUAGAAACUGGUUCAGAUGAGGACUUCCCAGCGGAAGAUUGAAGGUGUUAAUGCAUUGAGCAGUGCUGAAAACAUUCAUGUAAGAUUCCUCCGCAUCAUUCUCUGAAAUACUUUGAAAAUACCACACAUCACACACCAACAUUAGACAAACAAUUUGCAUUGCUUUAGUGUCUAGUCUACAUUCUCGUAUAGGCAUAUUCCUCUUUUAAGGGUCCUCUUAAUAGUCUGGAUUGGAAAUUGAGCGUUAAGGGCCAUUUCCUUUAUCUUAAUUGUUGGCCUUAUGGCUGUAGCCACUUUGCCUCUCUAAUUCUGCCAAUCUCUAUGAAUUGUGAAGUUGUCUUAA